CUCCGAGACCGACCUCAAGUGGUUUUGUAACUCGCAUCCGCUGCAAUGACGAAGGGAACGGGGAGUUUCGGAAAGAGGAGGAACAAGAGUCACACUCUCUGCGUGAGAUGUGGCCGUCGCAGUUUCCACAUCCAGAAGAGCCGUUGCUCCGCCUGUGCUUACCCCGCCGCUCGCAAGAGGACCUACAACUGGAGUGUGAAGGCAAUCCGUAGGAAGACAACCGGAACUGGAAGGAUGAGGUAUCUUCGCAAUGUGCCUCGCAGGUUCAAGACCGGUUUCAGGGAAGGUACCGAAGCCAAGCCAAGGAACAAGGCAGCAGCUUCAUCAGCUUAAACACUAGAUUUAUUAUGGCUUCUGAGUUUGUUGGCAAGAUUACUCUGUUUUAUUAUUCAGCAUCUGAUUACUCUUUAUCUUUUUGGUGUGUUUUGUACUCUUCUUAUAAAGUUUUGGACUUGAAUGAGAUUUCUGUUGCAAUUUGCAAGUCCUGUAUCCUUUGCUAAGUGUGUUUAUGGUUUUCAUUCAUGCGUUUA